GGCAACUUGGACCGAUGCAUAUACAUGCCUGGUCCUACUUUGUAAAUGAUUGACUGACUGAUACAGAGAGGCCUGGUACAAACAGUAAUUUCUUAUUACAACUUGUAAGUGACUAGUUUUCUAAGAGCGUCAAGUCUGUGAAAAUAUAAAAUUUCAGUUAUGAAUAGUUGGGAGGCGCAUUUUCUUCCUUUGGAGAUUUCCGGGAUGCCUUAAUGAUGUUAAUUAGAUUUCCCGAGUUUGUGUAAUGUAUUGUGAAUUGUAGGGAAUGUUUUUGGAAAAACCCCAAUAUUGUGUGCGAAUAUUGGGGUUUUUGAAUGUUUGCUCGAAAUUUCUAAUGCGACUUCGAUUAAACUGCUUCACAUUUUCCUCUAAGUUGGAAGGUUAGUUAUAUUUUUGGUACUUCAAAAGAAAGAGAUGUGUAGUUAUUGAAGUACUUAAGAGCCCAUGUUUUUUUUUUUUUUUUUUUGAUCUGGUACUUUCAUCCCAAUAACCAUUAACAUACGUAUAUGCAUAUACACCAUGUCAUCACGAUUGCGAGGUACUGCAUGUCUAAAGACUGUACCUAUAUUGUAAACUUAUUAAGAUAAGCUUCUUCCAUUCCUGAUUUUUCAACUAUAGUAUCUCCUGCAAAUUACUUGUAGAUCGUGUAACGUUUGUCGUUGUGUUCCGAAAUGGCAGUACCAAAAACUGUUGAGCAGGCUUUUUCAGGUCACAAACGAACCAGUUCUGUUGCAUAAACCUGGUAGUACGGAACGUCAGAGGUUGGAUAGUACGUUGGAUACUAUGAUUUCAAACAAGCCAUAUCAUGUGCCUAUAUGUAUUGAUUCAAACGAGUUAUCAUCCGGACAACCUCGAAGGCAGAUUUUGCCAUUUCAGCAUUCGAAAACAUUGGUCAAUUUUUAUCAUGCCUCAGGAGAGCAAAUAAAAUAUGCAAUUGAGUCUUGUCUAAUAGCUCGUAAAACGUGGUCACGCACAAGUUUUGAUGAACGCGCUAAGAUAUUCCUAAAAGCAGCGGACCUUGUUAGCGAUAAAUAUCGCAUGGAAUUGUUGGCAUCAACUAUUCUCGGUCAAGCGAAAACAAUUUUUCAGGCUGAGAUUGACGCAGCUGCAGAAUUAGCAGAUUUCUUGCGUUUUAAUGUGCAAUUUGCCUCAGAAGCUCUGCAAUAUAAACCAAUUAAUACCCAGGAUGCAAAGAAUGAAGUAAUUUACCGAGCAAAUGAAGGGUUUUGGGCUGCUAUACCACCAUUUAAUUUUACCGCUAUUGCAGGGAACCUAGCAAGUGCCCCAGCUUUAAUGGGGAAUGUUGUGAUUUGGAAACCCGCUGAUACAUCCGUAUAUUCUAAUUAUAUUGUUUACAGAUUAUUCCGCGAAGCAGGUUUACCCCCUGGUGUAAUCAACUUUGUCCCAGCAGAUGGCCCAACAUUUGGUAAAAUAAUUUGUGAACACCCUCAACUUGCUGGUAUCAACUUCACUGGAAGCACGAAAACCUUUCGUGCUAUAUUGAAAAUGAUUGGCGACAACGUUGACAAGUAUUGUGGUUAUCCAAGAACUAUAGGUGAAUGUGGCGGCAAAAAUUAUCAUUUUAUCCAUCCAUCUGCAAACUUGGAAGAAGCUGCUGUAGGCACUAUCCGAAGUUCAUUUGAAUAUUCUGGUCAAAAAUGUAGCGCAUGUAGUCGACUUUAUGUACCAGAAAAUUUAUGGCCAAAAUUUAAACAAAUUUUACUUGGUCAUUAUGAACAAUUGAAAAUUGGAUCACCACUUGAUUCAGAUACAUUUACAUCUGCAGUCAUUGAUCAUACUGCAUUCAAUAAAAUCUCUGGCUAUCUACAAUAUGCAUCCAGUUGUCCAGAUAUUGAGGUUGUCGCCGGUGGUCAGAGAGAUGAUAGUGUUGGUUACUUUAUUCAACCUACAAUUUUAAUUACUAAUAAUCCAACAGAUAAGUUAAUGAAGGUAUAUAUCAUUGUUUAUACUUGUAAAUCGAUAUUGUUUAGCAACCAAAAUAACGUCAUUUUCUUUUGUUUAAAAGCCCUUAAAUUAUGUUUACAAUGUUAUUUGUAUUCCGAUAACUUUCUGUCAUUUUACAUUUCAGAAUGGUAAUUAGACAAUUCAUGAUUUAAUAUCAUGUGUGAACUUGAUAUUUCCAAUGCUAUUAAUGUCUUUGGAUUCUUCAUCUUUCAUAUUAGCAUGAUGACUGAUGUGUGUCAAACCUAUUCUGUCCAUCUCACUUAAUGCACAUUGGCUAUUCAGUUGAAAGCCCUAACUCUGUAAUUUUUACAUGCUUGUCUUUUUUUUUGCUUUUCAUGUUUUUUGUUGGGUACUUAUAAUAUUUUGGAAUUGACGAUGAUCUUAUGAAACCACCCAUAUUUUUGUUAUGCUCGAGUUUUACAGUCAUGAAGCGAAAUUAAACAUACUGUAUCAAUGAAUAUGUGUAUUGUGAAUUAAGGAUACCAAACUUAAAAUUGAUCGUCAUACUGAAAUCUCACUAAAAGCAAACAUUGACAAGUUUAUUUCAUCCUAGUUAGUAGGGAAGUCGAAUUUCUGAUAUUUCAAAAUUUAGUUUAAGCCACUUUUUCAAAGAAUAAACAACUUUCUCUUUGCUAAUACAAUUUUAAUAAUGGAGUGUUAUAUCUAAAAAAUUUCCUCUUCUCAUCAUAAAGUUUUCGAUAAGUCUGCUACUCGAACGCUUAAUAGAAACUUCAUAACUGCUUCAUAAAUCUCCGGGUUGUAGGGGAAAGACCUAAAGUAAGGAGAAAAACUUUACUUCUAGGCUCGUUUAUUCGCAGAGAACAGCAGUAUUUAUCGUUUACUGGUAACCUUUAGAAACUUCUGAAGAUAUUGUUAAUUUAAUAGUAAGGUAAUCCAAUCAAGAUUUUAGCACACAACUCAUUAAUUUCCUAGUAGUUCCUAGGGUGCUCCUGAUGCAUGCUAAUUUAAUGAAAUGUUCUUAUUCUUCUCUUGGCCUCUGAAGACCUUUUCGAGGAAUUCUCUGUGGAUCCCAACAGUCAUUUCGGUCAAAGGUAGAAUACUAGGUGUAAAAUAUUGUUGUAUUAACUGUGUGUACAUGGAUGAAUGGGAGUUGAUGUAAAAUCUAAACUUUGAUUGAAUGAUCAAAAUUUUUAUCUUGGCUUAUAGUUUACUAUUGAACAGGUUGCAUGUGACUUGAACCUUUUACAUGAUUAUCUGCAAAUGUUUAACUUGAUGUCAUUGAUCAUAGACAUUCAAUUCUAUGUGUGAUAACAAAGACAUAGAGGAUUUAAUUGAUACUUCAUUUGUUUACUUUCUAUAACUUCCAUAUGAAUAUAAUUAAAGUUGAUUUUCAAUAUAGUUAUGGUAAAUUUAUUGUUAAAUGAAUGUUUAAUGCGCAUCUAGUUGAUAAAAUUUAAUCACUUUAUAAUUAACUACUUAUGAAUCCAAAAUUAUCUAUUAAUAAAAAUACUCUUGUAAAAUAAUACUACACUGUAGUUUACAUUUAUUUUGUUUUCGAAAAUAAUUCAUUUCAAUAAUACUUCAAUUCAUAGUUCUCAUUAAGAAAUUAAACAAAUAUUUCAUUAAGGAAUAUCUUCUUUUCAUUUUCAAAUGCUGUACAAUUAUAUUUAUAUGGAAAUCAUGUAAUCAAAUAUAUGAAUAAAGUUAGUAUGAUCAUUUAUUUAAAAAAUGGGAGGUACUGUUAAGUCCCGAUAAGCAUAAUGAAUGAUAAUUUUUGGGGCCCAUAUAUGAAUAAUUAAUAUGCGUAUAUUUUUAUCGUAUAACUGUUAUGCAACUCAACUAUUCAUAUUCAUGUCCCUCUUAUCAUAAGCUUUAUUUGGACCCAUGGACUAUUAUUAUGCGAGUUACCAUUCUCUCCCUCUAAAUGCAAAAUGUUGCUUCAGGAUUGGGUUGCGUUGACACCCGAACUAGUGAUAGGGAGUGAAGUAGUUGAGCGUGUCGACCGCUUCACUUAUCUCGGAAGUCUCAUCAGCCCUUGUGGUCUGGUGUGUGACGAAAUCUCAGUACGGAUACAGAAGGCUCGACUAGCUUUUGCCAACUUGCGUCAUUUGUGGCGUAGGCGAGAUAUCCGUUUAUCAAACCAAAGGACGUGUUUACUGCGCAGCGGUUCGUUCCGUCCUACUUUAUGGCAGUGAAACAUGGCCAGUGAGAGUAGAGGAUAUUCGUAGAUUACUAGUAUUUGACCAUAGGUGUCUUCGAAACAUUGCUUGUAUAUGCUGGGACCACCGAGUAAGUAACUCAGUUGUUAUGAAACGGGUACUAGGUAAGGAUGGCAAAUCAAUUGAGAUGGCUGGGACAUGUGUUGCGCAUGCCCGACCACCGACUGCCCCGACGUGCUAUGUUUUAUGGUGUAGGAGUAGGUUGGAAGAAAGCUAGGGGCGGCCAGACCAAAACAUGGCAGAAAUCCAUGAAGUAACUGACAAGUGAACUGAGCCAUGUUGGUAAGUGUAGACUACCUGGUUGGGGCCCGCGAGACGACAACAACCGAUGGUUAGAGAUCUUGAAUGACAUGGCUCAAAAUCGUUUGCAAUGGCGCAGGUGCAUUCACUCUUUGUGUUCUCCCAAAUUCUAAUUUUCUGGAUUCUUCAUGUCUCUUUUAGCUGUUUCCGAAUUCCACUGGAUUAUUCUCUUUGAAUAACAUCAUCAAACCCUAAUGUUCCCGAUUACUACUUAUACUUUCACUACCUCUACCACUACGGGAUUUGAAUUGAUAACUGCAUCUCUGUGCUAAUGUGGUAUGGAAACUCGAACUGAUGUACGUACGUACGAAGUUCCACGUUGUUACUGACUGACUGAUUUAUGCCCUGUUUAUUAAUUACUACCUCCCUCAUUCACAGCCACAUUUGGCUAAUUCUUGUACAAAUGUUGUUUCAUGUUUUAUGGUACAGUGUAGUCUGUCUGGUAGGUAUAUCAACCCAGUAUGCUUGAAACAAAUGAUUCAUAUUGCAGAGGCUGAGAUUGGUGUUCUGAACUUAACUGACUGGGCUAGGUGGGAAGCAGGACCAAUCAGGACUCUAAGCUGCUCGUACGUGUUUACGCGUCAUUGAUCCGAUCGAUAAUUCACUGCCCUCUAAUUGGCGGUAUCGUUACGUAUGCAUUAUCAGGGCACUCAAGCCACAAGUUAUAACAGGUACAUAAUAAAUUUCGAAUAAUUCUGCAAACAAUUAUUUAGUUAGUGGUUAUCACUGAUUAGUGAAGUAUACCUUAUUCUAAUUUUCUCUUGUUAUCUUAAAAAUAGAUAAACCAAUUCAUUUAGUCAGGAUAUAUUACAUUGUAAAGUUUGUUUGAAUUACUUACAUCCAAGUUAGUUUCGUGUUGAUAUUUUUACAUUCUUACAUUACGUUGAAUUAAUCAAUUAUCUUCGUCAAAACACUUUUAUCAUUAUGUUUAAAGUAUGUAUUAAAUAGAAUAAUUCUAAUCAGCAUGUAUUACAUAUUUUCUAUACAGUGAGUUAUUCUGUCAUUCGUAAGGUUUAUUUCAUCAAACAACUCAGAUAGAAUCUGAUUAUAUGUAUAUGAAUAUUUCAUAUAUUGAUUUCAUUUAUAUUAAUAUUUGUGCUUUUUUUUCCUAAUUAAAUUUAGGAUGACAUUUUUGGACCAAUUUUAUGCACAUAUUUAUAUCGUGAAAAUGAAAUUGAGAAAACCUUAGAUCUUGUUGAUUCAACUACGGAUUAUGCAUUAACUGGUUCUAUUUUUGCUCAGGAUGAAGAAUUUAUUAAGUAUGCAACUGAUCGCCUUAUCGAAACAACCGGUAAUUUUUAUGUAAAUGUUCAAUCCACUGGAUCUGUAGUUGGUCAACAACCAUUUGGCGGAGCUAGAUUAUCAGGCCGGUGGACCUCAGUACACUUUAAGAUUCACUUCUCCGCUUUCGAUUAAAACACAAAUCAAACCCAUUCCAUCAUGGAAACAAGCACAUAUGAUUGACUAAGUUGUUUGAUUCACUUUUACUAUUUGAAAAUUACUCAUUCCAUACGUAUAAGGUUUAAUCGUCGAACCAUCUUUAUACUUAUUAUUUCAACAAAAUGUUUGUACUCCUUUUUUAAUCUUACAUGUAAUAAAUUUUAUACUUUUC